AUGGCCAGAACCUCAUACCGUCUGGCAUUCGUAGCUGCUGCAGUUACAUACGGCAUCGUCGUUUACAAAGCCUAUAUCGCUCGCGGACGUCUGGGAGGAUCCAUACCCGCCACCGCCAUAAGGUUGGCCAGUGACGAGAAUGUCCAGUACUUAAUCAUGGCCCUCGUCUGGCUCUACUCCCGCCAAAUCCCCAUCGCCCUCCUCCCCUUUGCAAUUUACUCUGUCUUCCACGUCGCGACCUACACCCGCACCUAUCUAAUCCCAACCCUCCAGCCUUCCAAGCCCGCCACAUCUUCAGCCGCAUCCCCCUCCGCCUCCCCCUCCGCCUCCCCCUCUGGCCGCCACACUAGCGCACCAAAACAAUCACCCCUAGCCGAAAGCAUCGGCCGCUUCGUCAAACGCUACUACGACGCCAGCAUGGGCCUUGUCGCCGCUUUUGAAAUGGCCCUGCUAUUCCGCCUGGUUGGCAGUGCGCUGACGUUCUCCAGCGGCAGCUGGGUGCUCUUGGCCAUCUACUUCGUGUUCUACAGGUCGCGGUAUGCGCAGAGCUCGUUUGUACAGGGGACUGUGGCCCACGCGACUGCGCGGGUUGAUGCGGCGGUUAGUCAUCAGAAUACACCGCCGCAGGUUAGGCAGGGGUGGGAGAUUUUCCAGGGGGUGGUUAGGAGGGCAUAUGAGGCUACGGAUCUAAGGAGGUAUAUGGGUGGCUAUGGUUAUCCAGGGGCUGCUGCGGGUGGGAAGAAACCACAAUAG